AUGAAGCUCGAAGGGAAGGUUGCGAUCGUGACCGGCGGCUCGCGCGGGAUCGGCGCCUGCAUUGCCCGCCGCUACGGGCGGGAGGGCGCCGCCGUCGCGGUGGUCGGCAACACCAGGCGAGACCGCGCCGAGGCGGUGGUGGCCGAGAUCGAGGCCGCCGGCGGCAAGGCCCAAGCGUUCCUGGCCGAUAUCGGCGUGGUGGCGGACUGCGAGCGCCUGGCGCGGGAGGUGAUCGCGGCCUUCGGCACGGUGGACAUCCUGGUGAACAGUGCCGGCAUCUUCACGCCGCUCCCCAUCGAGGAGGUCACCGAGGAGAACUGGGACGCCCAGCACGCGCUCAAUCUCAAGGGCGCGUUCUUCCUGACCAAGGCCGUCGUCCCCACCAUGAAGGCCAAAGGCGCCGGCAAGAUCAUCAAUAUCUCGUCCAUCGCAGGCUGCGGCGGGUUCCCGAACUCCAGCGCCUACUGCGCGACGAAGGGCGGCCUCACCAACAUGACCAAGGCGCUGUGUCUGGAGCUUGCAGGCGACGGCAUCAACGUCAACACGCUCUCGCCCGGCAACAUCGAGACCGACAUGAACGCCGCGUUCCGCGCGGAUGCGGAUACGACGCGCGGCAAGCGGAGCUCACGCCGGCCGGGAUCGGCCACAUGGACCCGGAGCAGCUCACCGGCGCCGCGGUCUUCCUCGCCUCCGCCGAUUCGGACUCGGUCCACGGUGUGGACCUCCUGGUGGAUAACGGCUGGGCCGCCUGGUAGCGGCGAGGGGGCGCCACGGUGA